AUAUUGCAAGCUGCUUCCCAAGCUAAACAAGUGAAAAUGAUGAUCAAAGUAGCUGUUGUUCUCUGUGCUAUUGUGGCAACCAGUAUGGUGUGCGCCAACGAUUUUGAAGAGCAAGAUGCAAUGGACACUUUGCUGAAUCUGAUGCUAUCGGAGGAGGCUGCAUCUCCUGAUGACGAAGCCGUAGCCUUGCAGAGCUGGUUCACUGACGCGUUUAAAAAAGUCAGUAAAACUCUCCUUCCAGUCAUCCACGCUGGACAGAGUGUAUGCAAGAGGCUUGGCUAUUCUCCAGAAGAAGCUCGUAAGUAG